UGUGCCAGACGGCUGAAGGAAAUAAACGUAGAAAGCCAUCUCCUGGUAGGGCAGUUGACCAAUUGGGACCUUCUUCACUUGCUGUCCCUCAAGCCUACUGUAAUAUGUCUACCUUGAGUGUAAAGACAAUGCCCAUCUUGAGUCCUACUGAGCUGUCAGAUGCCCAACGUGAAUGCCCUGGCAUUGGCGAGAUAUGGUCAGCUCUCAACAAAGGAGAUUUGACACAGGUUGACAAGACAAAGCAUCCAACCUGCCCUCUGUUACUAAGAGAGUGGGAUCGGUUGACGAUACGACAAGGGGUCAUGUAUCGAGUCACAAGUCCCCCUGACAAACCCCAUCGCUCUCAACUAGUCUUGCCAGAGAAGUAUAGGAAGAUGGUAAUGACAUCCCUGCAUGAUGACUGUGGUCAUUUAGGCUCUGAAAAAACAUACGGCCUCAUUAAAGGCAGAUUCUACUGGCCACGGAUGAAGUCGGAUGUGGAAGAAUACUGCAAGUGCUGCAUGCGCUGCAUAAAGAGAAAGACUCUACCCAAGAAAGCUGCUCCACUGUCUCAUUUACAAAGUGAUGGACCACUGGACCUUGUUUGCAUGGACUUUUUGUCUAUUGAACCUGACUCAAGCAAUACAGAAAAUGUCCUGGUUAUUACUGAUCACUAUACACGCUACGCCCAAGCUUUUCCAACGAAAGACCAAAAAGCCUCUACGGUGGCGAAGGUGUUGAUGGAGAAAUACUUCGUCCAUUACGGAUUGCCAAAGAGGAUGCACAGCGAUCAAGGGAGAGAUUUUGAAAGCAGGCUUAUACACGAGGUACUUAGCACACUUGGGGUUGAAAAAUCAAGGACAACGCCAUAUCAUCCUCAAGGAGAUCCCCAGCCUGAGAGGUUUAACAGGACUCUGUUAAGCAUGCUCGGAACUCUGGAGCCAAGCAGGAAGAGAAAAUGGAGUCAGCACAUUGUACACCUUGUCCACGCCUACAACUGCACUUCAAAUGAAGCCACUGGGUUUUCGCCUUAUUACCUCAUGUUUGGGCGGGAGGCGAGGCUCCCAGUGGAUUUGUGUUUUGGGACGUCCAGCGACGACACACGGCAGGAAACUUACCUCAAGUAUGUAACUGAGAUGAGGAGGGAGUUGAAAGCUGCAUACGACCUUGCGGAGUCCAUUGCUGCCAAGCAGAACGAAGGCAAUAAACGGCGGUAUGAUCAGAAGAUCCGAUUCUCACAGCUGUUACCUGGAGACAGAGUCUUGAUAAGAAACUUAGGAUUGCAUGGGAAGCAUAAGUUAGCGGACCGCUGGGCUUCAAAUCCUUAUGUGGUGGACAGUCAGAUGCCAAAUUUACCAGUGUUCCGGUUGAAACCAGAAGACGGAAAUGGACCUGUCAAAAUUCUCCACCGAAAUCACAUUCUACCUCUUGGAAAAACUGUAUGCCUGGAGCCGACGCCUGCUGUUCACCCUGUACCGGGUAUGAGAGUCCUUCGAAAGAGACUUCAUAAACUUCACAACAGUGUGUCAGAGAGAGACAAGGCUUCAGCAGAGACACCAGAGAACAAUGAUAAAGGGGAAGUGAAAUCAGACCAUUGCCACGGAAAAGACGACGACACACGGCAGGAAACUUACCUCAAGUAUGUAACUGAGAUGAGGAGGGAGUUGAAAGCUGCAUACGACCUUGCGGAGUCCAUUGCUGCCAAGCAGAACGAAGGCAAUAAACGGCGGUAUGAUCAGAAGAUCCGAUUCUCACAGCUGUUACCUGGAGACAGAGUCUUGAUAAGAAACUUAGGAUUGCAUGGGAAGCAUAAGUUAGCGGACCGCUGGGCUUCAAAUCCUUAUGUGGUGGACAGUCAGAUGCCAAAUUUACCAGUGUUCCGGUUGAAACCAGAAGACGGAAAUGGACCUGUCAAAAUUCUCCACCGAAAUCACAUUCUACCUCUUGGAAAAACUGUAUGCCUGGAGCCGACGCCUGCUGUUCACCCUGUACCGGGUAUGAGAGUCCUUCGAAAGAGACUUCGUAAACUUCGCAACAGUGUGUCAGAGAGAGACAAGGCUUCAGCAGAGACACCAGAGAACAAUGAUAAAGGGGAAGUGAAAUCAGACCAUUGCCACGGAAAAGAGUACACAGAUUCUGAGGAUGAGGAAAGUGGGAUGUGCUAUGACUUACCUGCUCACACUCCCAGGACUGGAGUUGAUGAAGAAAUGUCGGAACCAUUCAGCUUGGAUCUGGAUAUUGUAUGGGAUGAAGUGACUGAACGACCAGAGGUGACAGAGCAAGAACUCGUGGCUUCGCGGGACUGUGACACCGUCGUGGGAGGGACCGCAGACACACCGUUCGCCUGCUGGACGAGAGGAGACCACAUCGGAACGCUGGUGUUUUCCUCCACGGAGGGCUGUGUUGCUGGUGGUGACGGACGAACGAAGCUGUGUAACCCUCGCUGUGUGCUGGGACACGCGCUGUGUAACCCUCGCUGUGCUGCUGCGGACAACGUCGCCCCGGUAGGAUCUGGGGUUUCCACUCCACUCAAGGAG